UCCGCUCCAGAUAGAAAACUGCCUCUCCCUCUCACUCUCGGAUACCUUCGCCUACCAAUGGGUUCUCUUGAAAUAGAAGGAAAACCCCAAAACCCGAACAUGAACGAAAAUAUUGAAGAAGACGACGGCGUGUCUCCCAUUGAGGAGGUCCGUCUAACUGUCCCAACACGCGACGAUCAUACCCUUCCAGUAUGGACCUUUCGGAUGUGGUUCCUUGGAAUAGCCUCGUGCAUUAUUCUAUCUUUUCUGAACACUUUCUUUUCCUACCGGACCGAACCUCUCACAAUAUCUAUGAUAUCGGUACAGGUUGUGACUCUCCCUAUUGGUCGCUUCAUGGCCAAAACCUUGCCUACUACCAAGUUCAGGGUUCCUGGAUUUGGUGGUCGCGAGUUUUCGCUUAAUCCUGGGCCUUUUAAUGUUAAAGAGCAUGUGCUUAUUUCCAUUUUUGCUAAUGUGGGGAGCUCAACUGCCUAUGCCGUUGGUAUUAUCGAUAUAAUUAUGGCUUUCUAUAAAAGGAAGAUAUCGUUUUUGGCUAGUUGGAUUCUUGUUUUAACUACUCAGAUGCUGGGGUAUGGAUGGGCUGGGAUCAUGAGGAAGUAUGUAGUGGAUCCAGCAGAGAUGUGGUGGCCGCUUAGUCUUAUGCAAGUUUCUCUCUUCAGGGCUCUGCAUGAGAAAGAUAACAGCCGCAUGUCACGAGGGAAAUUCUUCUUGAUCGCUCUAAUCUGUAGCUUCUCAUGGUAUGUGUUUCCUGGAUACCUUUUCCCUGCUAUUGGAACCAUUUCGUGGGUCUGCUGGGCAUUCCCUAAGUCAGUAACAGCCCAGCAGCUUGGCUCAGGAAUGAGAGGACUUGGUAUUGGAGCUUUCGGACUUGACUGGUCUGUCAUAGCCUCGUUCAUUGGCAGCCCACUUAUCACCCCGUUUUUUGCCGUUGUCAAUGUCCUUGUGGGAUAUGCUGCAUUUAUGUACGUAAUACUGCCAAUAGCAUACUGGCGUUUUAAUAUCUACAAUGCAAAGACGUUUCCAAUUUUCUCCUCACAUUUAUUUGACAAUAAAGGACACGUGUAUAACGUAUCUGCCAUAGUUGACAACAACUUUGAGCUAGAUGUGGCCGCAUUUCAGAGGCAAGGAAACAUAAAUUUGAGUGUGUUCUUUUCGCUGACGUAUGGGAUUGGUUUUGCUGCCAUUAUGUCCACCCUCACGCAUGUGCUCGUGUUUAAUGGAAAGGAAAUAUGGCAACAGUUUCGAGCUUCAUACAAGGGAAAGAUGGAUGUUCACACAAGAUUAAUGAAGAGGUAUGAGGACAUUCCUGGCUGGUGGUUCCACCUGACGCUAGUGCUGUCUUUUUUACUUUCUCUCGUACUGUGCAUUGUAAUGAAAGACCAAGUCCAAAUGCCGUGGUGGGCGCUCAUCUUUGCGUCAGGCCUUGCUUUGAUUUUUACGCUUCCAGUUAGUGUCAUAACUGCCACAACAAAUCAGACACCAGGGUUAAACAUCAUCACAGAGUACAUUAUGGGUCUAAUUUACCCUGGUAGACCAAUAGCCAACGUCUGCUUCAAAACCUAUGGGUAUAUAAGCAUGACUCAAGCUGUUUCCUUUCUCAGCGAUUUCAAGCUAGGUCACUACAUGAAGAUUCCACCAAGAUCUAUGUUUGUAGUGCAGUGCAUAGGUACUCUAAUAAAUGGAACACUGAACACUGCAGUGGCAUGGUGGCUGCUGACUGGCAUUGAGAACAUAUGCCAGGACGAGCUACUCCCUCCAAACAGUCCAUGGACAUGUCCUGGCGAUCGAGUUUUCUAUGAUGCAUCUGUCAUUUGGGGUUUGAUUGGACCUGCUCGAAUCUUUGGUCGACUUGGAAACUACACAGCACUCAAUUGGUUCUUCUUUGGAGGAGUGCUAGGACCUGUUCUGGUAUGGGGGCUACACAGACUUUUCCCCAAGCAGAAAUGGAUUAAAUUAAUUAAUCUUCCUGUACUUCUGGGAUCAACAGCUGCAAUGCCACCAGCUACAACAGUAAACUUCAAUUGCUGGAUUGUGGUUGCAAUAACUUUCAACUACUUCAUCUUUAAGUUCCACAAGGUUUGGUGGCAGAGGUACAACUAUGUUCUUUCUGCUGCCUUGGACGCUGGUUUGGCUUUCAUGGGAGUUCUUCUGUACUUCAGUCUGACGAUGAAGGAGAUCAGCCUAAACUGGUGGGGUGCUGCUGGCGAGCACUGUCCCCUUGCUACCUGCCCAACUGCCAAAGGUGUUAUUGUUGAUGGGUGUCCUGUUUAUUAGUUCAGUUAAGUUGUUACUCCAAGCUGCUUCGUUUGAAAGGUCAAGAAAAAAAAAAGGACGAAUAAAGUUUUUCAGGUUUGGAAGUGUUGGCCAUGUUUAAGAAAAUCUUGGUCAUGGCUCGACAAACUUAGGGGUUCACCAAUUGUACUUAUGCUAAGGUGAACGCUUAUUGCGCAUGUUGACUUCCUAGAUUUAUUAGAGAUUAGCAAAUCAUUUUAUUUUA